CCAGCAGCCGAUGUCGCCAGUUGCCAGUUGCCAGUUGCCUGUUAGCAGUUAGCAGUCAGCAGUUCCCAAUGGCCAGUUGCCACAAAUAAAUCUUAGUCAUCAGCAGACUGGACUGGCCAAGAUCAGCCCGGCCAAAAUCCAACCAGCCAGCUUCAGAAUCUGAAUCAGAAUCAGAAUCAAAAUCCAGUUGUGUGACACUUGCAGACUUUUUGCAGCGGAACCACGACGAGACGACGGCCAGCAAACUUGCAGAGAGCUGAAUUGAUUUAUGGCGCAAAUUUUAUUGUCUGGCCGGGAACUGGAACUCCUGACCAGUUGGCUCUUGGCUUAUAGCUCUUAACUUGUUGGCCACUACUAACUGUAAAGCCUCGAAAGUGCCUCAGUGUUGGUGAAUCGUGCGCGUGUCAUGUGACAUUGACUUUUCAGCCGGUUGAAGUUUUUUCCCCUCCCCACCUACAUACAUGUAUAUCCAUCCAUCCAACGCGUACAACUUUGUGUAUAAAUUAUAUUAUAAAACUGAAACAUAAAUUGCAACUUAACAAACUGUAACAACUUUCGCUUUGGACCGCAAAAAGAGAAUCACGCGCUGGACAAAGUUUGCCAUGCAUUUGUUGGGUCAACAACAAGGCGAAAUCACAACGACUUCUGGGGCCCCCAAAAGGCAGACGGCAGUCGGCAAAGUCGUACCAGUACUCUUUUUUUUAGAGCCCCAAGCCCCGGAGAACCGAACCGAAGACCCGAAGAACUGGAGAACUCUGUGGAACCACAAAGGCAACAUGUUGCACAUGCACUCGCCAAAAGCAAUUUGCAUACAAAUGUUGCCAACGCACUUCAAAAACUGCACAAUCACAGGGGUUUUUUUUUUGGGGGGGGGGGAGGUUGUGCAGCGGAAAAGGGUAAAAGCCGCUUCAUAAUUUGAUAUUAAACAUGCACGUGUCUCCUUCUCUUUUUCUCUCAUGUGUGCAACUUGUAAAUUUGCAAAUUGCUAAAAUGCAUGACAGGAUGGAUAGUGGGGAGACUUUCGGGCAGCUGCGUGAAUUUGCAUUUACAUCAAGGAACCGCAGGACAGGAAAAAGGAUCUCAAAAAGUUACCCAAAAUUCAGCCUCACAAGGAAACUGAAUAAAAAAGCGAAGUCUGCUCAAUUGACUUUCAAUUGCAAAACAAACAUAAUACACUUGGGGAAAAUGGCAUAUCAAUACAAAUUUGUUUUACAAAGACUUUUGUUUUGAUUGGUUCUAAAAAUAACAAGUUCUUUUAACUUUGGUCAUUCGAGCCGGAUUGUUAAAUAAUAAUUAUAGGUACUUUUAAAAGCUGACCAGUUUU